AUGGGGAUGACGAUAUCGAAUUCAUUAGUUUUUGAUUUUUCUAAUAAAAUCACGUGCUAUUACCAAGGAAAUCCUGAUAAAUGUAAUCCUGGUUCAAAGCAUUUGGACCCCAGAAUUUUACCAGAUGAAUGUGAUGCAAUACUUUAUGAAAAAUUUGAUAUCGACCAAAAAUCUGUGAUAAAUGUAGAUGAAGAACUUCUCGAUUCGGUGACAGCUUUAAACAAACCCGUUAUCGUGGCAUUAGCGAGAAAAGAAUUUUACAGUGGUUGGAGUGCAGCACUGACUAAAGAUGGCAAUGCUGAAGAAACAAAAAUUUUGUGCGAGUUUGCAAUAAAACAUAAUGUAAAAGGAUACUCAUUAUGGUAUUUGGCUCCAAACGAUGAUGAAGCUGUCGAUAAAAACGUCGCAAUAAACACCAUACCUUAUAUAAAACAAUUAAAAAAAAUGUGUCCUUUUUUAAUCAUCGCUGUUAGUAUAGCUUCAAUUCCAAAAUAUCUAAGCAAUAAAGACAUGUAUAAUUUUAAAGAAUUAAACAAAGUAGUAACGUACUAUGAUAUAGACACAGCAAUGCUCAAUGAAUGUAAUCCUGGUUUGUAUAAUGGUGUGACUCCUAUUACAAAAAAUGCAACCUGUCUCUACGGACUGGAAGAAGUUAUAGAAAAUUUAAAGAAAACAGAAAUAUGUUUUAAUAAACUAAGCUUUAGUAUUCCACUAUUCACAGUUGAAAAUGUCAACAAUACUUAUCCUUCUUAUACAGAUAUGUGCAGUGAAGGAAAAUUUGAUAAUUUAACUUGGUGUGUACAAACAUCUCAAAAUUAUUAUGAUAAGGGGAAAUAUUUACAAGCUCUACCCGCUGGAAUUACAGUCUCAGGUUUGGAUUGGGAUGAUUAUGGAAACACGUGUAAAUGUAAAUCAGCGUUUAAUGGAUUUUACAAUAUACUUGCUGGCUACAGGAGUGGUUCGGUAAUACCAUGUGCGAUGUUUGACGUUCAAUCAACAGUCUAUCCAAUUAAAUAACCAACUAUUUCAUUAAAUUUUAAAAUAAUUUUGUAAUUAAACUAAAUGUUAAAUCCUUUUUAUUAUUGUCCUAAAAUACUGCAUACAAGAAUUUCAUAAACAAUCAUUUGUACGUUGUAUUUUUCGGAAUCAUUACAGUGUUAAUUAUAAUAUUAUUCUACUAGACAGAUGGAACUAGUUAUGAUGAUGACUACAUUACAUUGCAUCAUAAUUUAUUGAUAAAUUUAAUGAAACAUUUGUGUUUAGUAAAAUACAUUAAAUUCAAAUUUAUGAAAAUCAA